UAUAGGGUUAAGUGACGUCACGUUAUGAACAGGAAGAUGACUAAUGUAGCAUAGCGGCUACCGAAUGGCAUCAUUGAGGCGCUUGUCGUACAACGUAUUGGUAUUUAUGUGAAAAAACUAACAGAAGUAAAGCAUUAGAAUAUUAGUACAUGUGCAUACGCACCAAAUACUCACGCUGUAGCAGAAAAACACGCGUGAGGCCAUCAUGUGCACGAGCUACGCCACACCUCUGUACUCUCAUGCUGGACGAGGAGACUUCCAGGAUGUGUAUGAACCUGCUGAGGACUCGUUUCUUCUGAUAGAUGCUCUGGAGAAAGAUGCACAAAAGCUGCAACAGCUAAGCCCAUCUGUGUGUGUGGAGGUUGGCAGCGGCUCUGGAGUGGUGUCCGCCUUUCUCGCGUCAGUGGUCGGGACAUCAGCCUUGUACAUCUGCACUGAUGUGAACCCUGCUGCAGCACGGUGUACAGAAAUGACGGCAUCCUGUAACAAAGUUUCACUGCAACCUGUUGUCACGGACCUGGUGGAGUGUCUUUUACCCCAGCUGAAUGGAAAAGUAGAUGUUCUGCUGUUCAACCCUCCCUACGUGGUGACACCAUCAAAAGAGGUUUGCAGCAGAGGUAUUGAAGCUGCCUGGGCUGGUGGGAAGAGAGGACGAGAAGUGAUGGACAGAUUCCUGCCACUCGUAUCCCAGCUGCUGUCCAGUAGAGGCUUGUUCUACCUCAUUACUAUUGCUGAAAAUGACCCAGAGGAGAUCAUACGUUUGCUUGGGAUUCAUGGCUUAAAAGGAGAAUCCACGUUGUCCACAAGAGCAAGAAAUGAGAGCCUGUCUGUCCUGCGCUUUCACAGAGACUGGACAUGAACGGACACGUAAAUCACUAAUAGAACUUUGCACUGACAGAAAACUUUGUAUAUUUUUGAAGAAAAUCAAAACUUGACACAGAUACUUUCAAUGUUUUAUUAAUCUAACAGGAUCUAAAUUCCAUUAAAGCCUGAUAAUCAUGCUUUUUUUUAAACAAA